CUUUCUCAUUGUUUUGGCGGAAAUUUCAGUUUCACUCAUCUGCAUCAUUUGUGGAUGCGCCAUGGAAGUGGUAGGUGAUAGAGUACAAACCCUAGCAGACGCCGGUAUAUCACAGGUCCCGACUCAAUACAUCCAACCCCCACAGAACCGACCCAAAUCAAUCACUACCACCUCCGCCGCCGCCAACACCAAUAUACCGUCCAUCGACCUUUUGGGUUUCGAUUUCGAUCGAAGGGACUCGGUCAGGGACGCUAUUGGCCGCGCAUGUGGAGAUUGGGGCGCUUUCCACGUCACCAACCAUGACGUGCCUACACGACUUCUUGACCAGAUGAGAACCAUGGCGUUGUCCUUCUUCAAGGACUGUCCUAUGGAGGACAAGCUCAAGUACGCCUGCGAACCCAAUUCGGCAGCCUCCGAGGGUUACGGCAGCAAGAUGCUUGUUAGUGAAGAGGACGGAAAUGGCGCCGUUUCGGUUCUGGAUUGGAGAGACUACUUUGACCACCAUACCUUGCCGCUCUCCCGCCGCAACCCUUCUCGCUGGUCUCACUUCCCUCCCAAUUACAGGGAAGUUGUGGCGGAGUACAGUGAUGAGAUGAAGGUGCUUGCGCAGAGGCUGUUGGGGCUAAUCUCGGAGAGUUUAGGGCUCUCCACUGGGCGCAUUGAGGAGGCUGUUGGGGAGUUUUAUCAGAAUAUAACUGUCAGCUAUUACCCACCGUGCCCUCAGCCAGAGCUCACUCUUGGUCUGCAGUCUCAUUCUGAUUUCGGUGCCAUUACGCUCUUAAUCCAGGAUGAUGUGGGUGGUCUUCAGGUCCUUAAGGAUGGAGAGUGGGUCACCGUGCAUCCUUUAUUGGAUGCCAUUGUUGUACUUUUAUCUGACCAGGCUGAGAUAAUCACCAAUGGGAAAUAUAAGAGUGCUCAACAUCGGGCCAUAACUAAUUCUAGUAGGGCAAGACUCUCUGUCGCCACGUUUAAUGACCCGGCCAAGGCAGUGAAAAUAUCCCCCGUUUCUGAGCUUAUUGGCAACUCUUCCCCUCCCCGGUACCGUGAAGUCAUAUAUGGAGAGUAUGUAUCAUCCUGGUAUUCUAAGGGCCCAGAAGGAAAACGGAAUAUUGAUGCGCUACUGCUAGAUUGCUAGUCCUUCCUUCAAUCUCUCUGUAAGCAUUCAAUGCGAUAAACACGCAACAAAUCAUCCUCUAUGUUGCAAUGAUGUUCUUGAAGUUGAAUAUAAUAUAAUUCUGUUAUGCAGUCCUUGUU